UGUAGAUAGAAUUUGUCUAUUCAGCUACCACCAUAUCCAAUCCAAAAGAAGUUGUUGCCUGUGAAGGAUGCCUUCAGCUGCGAAUGCAAAGUCUGAAAAACCUGCUUCUUCGGAAGUAGUGGAUAAUUCACCAAUAAAACAGAUAAUGACGCUUAUCGAGCACAAGAUACGAAACUUGGAGAAAAGAAAGAGUAAGCUAUCAUCUUACCGUGAACUGCAGAAGGCUGGAAAAGAAUUAAAUGGUGAUCAAAAGGUUGCUGUUGCAAAGUAUGAUGAAGUAGCUCAAACUUUGGAGUUUGCAAGGGACCUUUCAAAACAUGUGGGUACCAUUGCCCUUUCAGCUGAAAGGGAAGCCAAAAAGCAAGCAAAGCGGGAAGCUUGGGUUCGCUAUACUGUAGAUACCAAUAAAAUUCGGGAAGUUCUUCUGGUUUUGGACUGUAUUAUGCAAAUGGGCAGUGCUGAAGUGCGAAAUGAUUUUCUAAAUGGCACCAAUGGAGCGGCAAAGCUUACAGAAGAUGAUUUGAGAAUUCUGGACGACUUAUACCCUGAAGUGACUCCCAAGCAUGAAGAAGGUCAAUCUGGAUUUCAUGCCCAAACUGUCAAAGCAGCAGAACAUUUAUACUCUAUUAUUGAUGGUAAACCAAAAGAAAUACUGGGUACAACUUAUGCUCAUAUAAAGGAAAUUGUGACAUUAAUUCAUGAAUGUGGAUACUUUGACAAAACACCUGAAGCACCUGUACAAGAAAUAGAGGCUGUUGAGAAUCACAUUCCUGAAGAAGUGCUAGCCCCAGCACCGCAACCACCAGAGCCUUCGGAUGAAGUAGAACAGCCGGCACCUAUGUAUCCUCCUCACAUGGGUAUCCCCACAGCACCCGCUCCAAAUGUGGUACCGACACCUGGAUAUCCCAUGAGUCGACUCCCCCCCAUCACACUCCAAGAAGUUGAACACGCCUACUUCGCUCAACAGUAUCCUCAACAGAGGCCCAUCUCUGAAGUCAUAGGCUCCCAAAACUUCUUCUUUCUACAGGAAUCUGAAAUUGACAGCCCCGUCGGAACACCACAACCUCCCAUGAUGAAUCAGGCUUCACCACCGGCACCGAUCCCCAGUCAGACGUUCACGAAUCAACACUUUGUGCAACUUCCCCCAAAUCACAUUCCAGAAGGUAACAUGACGAUGCCGCCGCAGCCCCACUACCCACCGCACCCCGAGCACUUCGCGGGUGUGCCCUUGCCCAUUCCUGGCCAUCCGCAGCCCCAUCCCCAGGCUCACAUCAUCCCUCAACAAGCGCACCCACAGGCGAUGCAUGCUCAGCAUCUUCCCCCUCAAGGGAUACCGGCGCCGAUCAUUCAUCCGGAGCCCGUCCAACAAAACUCAGUCGAACAGGCUCCGGCCGACGAGCACGAGGCGCAAACGCCGGUAGAAGACAAAAACGAAACAGAAGAGAAAGAGAGCAGAAGUCCCGAUCGAGAGGAUGGCGAUCGCAAGACCCAAGGCCAGGGCGACGGACAGAACAGAUUCAGGCGAUUCCGCGGUGGCGGCAGGGGUGCCCCCAACGGUUACCGUGGGCGCGGCAACUUCCAAAACAGGCAAAACAGCGAUGGAUACUACAACAGACACGGAGAAUACCAGAAUAGGCCCAAAGAGGGGUUCCACAAUCGGCAAUACAACGACAACUAUCAGAACAGACACAAGGACUACCAGAGCAGAGGAAACGACGGUUACUAUGGCAACGGCGACACGGACACCCACCAGACGGAGAACGGUCGAGACAGAUAUGGAGACUCUCAGGGGUACCAGGGUGGCUUCAAGAGCAGGGGCAGGGGAGGGGCGCGGGGUUCGGGGCGGGGAGCCCCUCGGCCAUCGAGAUCGCACUACAACCGGAAGCAGGAGAACGUCGAAUAAGCCCCAUGGCGAACUCGGCUUCACAUAAGCGACUCACUAUCGGACUAAAUCAUUCGUGAAAGGCAAAUUUCACCGGCAACAACGCGCUGUGGUAACAACAAGAGAUUAAGAUAAUAAAAAAAAUAAAAAUCUCAACAAAAAAAAAGUAAAAUAAUAAAACUCGAAACUAAAUAAAAAAUAAGCUACCUUGAAUUUAGAUGUAUGAUAUAUGCGUUAUUGUAAGUUACGUUAACUCUAGAUUCGUGUAAGGCAAUUGUCACGUGACCCGGAAAUUCCCGAAGGCCCUAGCUGGAGGCCCGAUGGAGCCCCGAGCCGUCUUCGGUCAGUCACUCGUGUAUCCUCGAAAUAAGUACAGGAUAAUGCACAUAAGUUCGCUUUCGGAUAUUCCCUUGAUCGAUUAUUUUGAAUUAUACAGUAUAACCCUUGCUGAGUUUGGCUUUUAUAUUUAUUUCAUUUCUAUAAUUUUUGUACAUACUGAUAAUCUUUUUUUUUAUUUUGCCCCCAUUACUUCCCAAUAAAUGUUUUACAAGUCUAGUUUUAAAUGUUUAAUACAUGGAAAUAAAAUGUUACUCUUAGCUAUUUGAACCUAUACAUAUAACGGAAAUAUAAUUUUUAAUUAUAUAACUAAAUGUUGGAAUCAAGUUAUAGACGGCACAAGAAUCUUGUUAUGAACUAUGAAGUAGAGAAUAUUUUAUGGGAAUAUAGUCUCAUUGAGUAUUAUUGUAAAAUAAAUUAAUAAAAUGGUUUAGUGUUUUAACUGUUAAAAGUUCAUUAAAGUAUAUAUAAAAAACGGGAGGUAAUGGGUUUUUAAAUCAAGACUUAUUGAAGCGACAAAUGUUUCCUUAAAUUUAUUUGACCUGUUAGGCUGUGUGCAAGCAAAUAAAGUAUUCUAUGAACAA